GACUAUGGAGAUGAGAUUGUUAUUUUGAUCACGAGCGUCGAUGUGGGCUUUUAUUCAUGGCCUAUCUUGGAAAGAAAAUAUUCGUACGAAUACUUUAGGCAACUUGACAGAAGCAAGUCACGUCAACAAAAGAGUGAAAGUUGCACCUUUGACUAUAGAAGCAGGAAAAGGAGCACGUUGGAAAGGUGCUAAAUGGGCUGCAAAAAAACGACCUAAAAAACUGAGACCUUCAGAUAAGUUUAGGAAACCUCCAAGUUAUGAGGUUGAUCCCAUUCGUGCGUUAAAAGACCCACCUCCUGAAUACACCAUCGUUUCACAAGCAGAAUCUACUUCUGAUAUACAGAUAGAAAGUGCCGUGGAACAAGAUUCUUAGAGUAGAUAGUCAGGAAUAUUGCCGAUAGAAUCGUUUC